UAAGCUGGCUUCAUCAGCGAUUUGAGCGAGGGUACAAAAGCGAGGCUCGCCUCGCUGGCACUUCGCUCCAUCGUCUUUGUGAGCUGUCUCGAAGACUCACAGCCGUUUCUGAGGUCCUACGAAAAAUCAGCGGUGCUACAUCACUAGAACGCACCUUGUCAGCUCAUCCAGUCUCGACUUUCCACAGACCUUCGCCAGCCAUGUCCGGCAAUCCAAUCCAGAUAAUCCCUCAUUGGAGCACAGACAGGGGGCACGCAGAUCAUGGGUGGCUCAAAACCUUCCACACCUUUUCUUUUGCUAACUACCACGAUCCAAGACAUGCUUCUUAUGGUGCUCUCCGUGUUAUUAACGAGGACCGUGUUGCGCCCGGCACCGGAUUCGGGACGCACAGCCAUCAGCAUUUCGAGAUUUUCUCUUAUGUCGUUGGCGGACAACUCGAACACCAAGAUUCGAUGGGAAACACGGAAGUCCUGUCUCGCGGCGCACUACAAUCAACCUCCGCUGGAACGGGGAUCUCGCACUCUGAGAAGGCACACGGUUCGGAAGAGGUACACUUCCUACAGAUCUGGGCAUUGGCUCGUCCGGGAGACGGAAACAAAAAGCCCGCAUAUUUCACCAGAAAGUUUCCCGAUGAAGAGAAACACAACCGAUUCGUGACCGUCGUCGCACCUGAUAAUUCUUCAUCAGUCUCUCUCAGUCGCGAGGAUAAAGGACCAGCACCCAUUCGUUCCGAGCUCUGGAUGCAUGCCUCCUUGAUUGAUCCAGGAGUUUCCCUCGUGCAUGGGCACGUGGAAAAAGGACAAGGACAACCGAGGAGAGGGUACAUCCAUCUAAUUCAGACGUCAGGGUACAACUCAGGAAAGCCCGGUGGGAACGCAAUCCGCAUUGGUUCAAAGUCAAGUGCUGAAGAUUCAAAGGUAGAGUUGAGGGAGGGCGAUGGGGCAUACCUGGUAUAUGAAAGUCAUGAUCUCGAGGUGACGAAUGUAGGACAAGGGAUGGCAGAGGUUUUGCUGUUCGAUUUAGACUGAUAUAACCUAGUUCGACUUACUGUCAGACGUAUCAGUUUCGAGGCUAUGAGUAUUUAUCUCCCGCCAUGGUGUUGAAAGUUAUUUGGCAUUUUUGUUAUGCUCCGUGCUACUCAAGUGCUACUCUAAACGACAGUACAGGCUUCCCUUGCCCCCGUUCCACUAGUGCGGAGAUCCGUACGCUUGUACGCAAUCCUGAUGGGCAAUGCUCGG